CAGCUCCAGGAGACCUGGCGAGAAACGAGGGUGUCCAGACCUUCCCAAGAUUCUCCACCUGGCACCACUCUCACCCAAUAUUUCAACCACAUUCAAGCCAGCUCAGCGGGAGAAAAAGCCAGGGAAGGAAGAGACAGGUGGAAACAGAGGCAAAAGAAAAGAUGGGACACAGCCCGGUCGGAGGUCGGGGAGCUGGCUGCUGGGGUCACAUGACCCGGUGGCAUCGCCCCGCUUUGAAGUCCCACCCUCUUCUCUGCGCUGGAGCCUGGAGAGCCAAGGGAAGAGCCCUAGCCAGCACAAACCACAGCAGAAAUCCCCCUGCCUUUCGGAAUCGAGGAGCAAUUGAGGCAAAGGAGAAAGCCGCGGGGGUUGCGGGAGUUGGGAAUUUUGGAGUCGAAGUCUUUGCUGCCUUAUAAAGGGUCGAACUUGGCUCGCCGGGCUACAGAGCCAACAGCAGGGAGAUGCUUGAGCUUAGGCCAUGAGCAUGACCCAGCCGCCUCUCCUUCAGCGGUCAUGCGCCCCCGAGGGUGGCUCCGCUUAUCCUGGUCGAGCCUCUCCAUCCAGCUCUUCCUCCUGAGCGUAGUUACAUUUGGCUUGCUGGCCCCACUGGCCUGCCACCGACUCCUCUAUUCCUACUUCUUUCUGCGCCAGUGGCACCUAGAUCGUAUGAGCCAGGAGUUCCUGCAGCAGAACCUAGAGGAAGGCCAGGCCGCCCUCCACUACUUCGAAGAGCUGCGGGCCACUAACGGGUCUCCGUCCUGGACCGGACCGCCUGUGCCCCGGCCCUGGCUUGUGAUCACGAUCAUCACCGUGGACAGGCAGCCCGGCUUCCACUACGUUCUCCAGGUGGCGUCUCGGUUCCAUCGCCUCCUCCGGCGCUGCGGCCCCCGUUGCUGGGGCUACCAGCUCUUGCUGUGCAAUGUGGAACGCGACCCCGACCGCCACCGGGAUGCCAAACUGCUAGCCAACUUCUUCCCCUUGGCCAGCCGCUUUGAGGAAGCUGGGGAGGGCUCCCCGGAUGCCCCUCCCGUGAACCAGUUCGAGAAGGAGAAGCAGGAUUACGCCUACUGCCUGGAGAAAUCCCUGCAGACCUACAACCCGGAACACAUCCUCCUGGUGGAAGACGACGCCAUCCCCGACGAAGAGAUCUUCCCUGUCCUGCAUCACUUUCUGGGAGUGCGCUUCUCUGAGUCGCAGCUUGCCGAUACUCUCUACCUGAAGCUCUACCACCCCGAGAGGCUUCAGCACUACAUCAACCCUGAGCCCAUGAGGAUUCUGGAGUGGUUCGGGGUGGGGAUGUUUCUGGGGCCUCUGCUGAGUUGGGCGUACAUCCGGCUCGCCGGCCGCCCGGGGCCAAGCUGGCCCGUCGUCCUCUUCUUCGCCAUGUUCAGCAUGGGGCUGGUGGAGCUCGUAGGCCGGCACUACCUACUGGAGUUGCGCCGGCUGACUCCUGCCCUGUACAACGUCAUGCCUGUUACCGAGUGCUGCACCCCUGCCAUGCUUUUCUCAGCUCCUUCGGCCCACCGGGUCCUGAGCUACCUGGCUGAACUGCACUGCCGUGGAGGCUUUGCCAAGGACACAGCGCUCUACUCGUUGCUGCGGGGGAAGGGCGAGAGAGCCUUUGUGGUGGAGCCCAAUCUAGUGAAGCAUGUUGGAAUGUACUCUAGCCUCAGGUCAAACUUUCACCCGACUUUACUCUGACCGGGCUGAGAGUGCCUUUCCAGUUAGGAGGAGGUGUUACAUUUGGCACUUUAAGGUGAAGCACAAUCAUUCACGGCCAUUUGU